AUGAUGCCAGCUUCUUCUUCUUCGACAUCAUCAUCACCAUCACAAUCGACAACAACAAAUUCAUCAUCCAUACUUUCUCCUUAUUUACCACAUGCAUUGUUGUUACGUGCCACUGAACGAUAUCAAAGAACCCCUAAGUGUGCAAGAUGUAGAAAUCAUGGUGUUGUAUCAGCAUUAAAAGGUCAUAAACGUUAUUGUAGUUGGAAAGAUUGUGUCUGUGCUAAAUGUACACUGAUUGCUGAAAGACAACGGGUCAUGGCUGCACAGGUUGCUCUAAGACGACAACAAGCACAAGAAGAAAGUGAUGCACGUGAAUUAAGUGCAAUCUAUGGUACACCACCGGAAACUAUUCUAGCAUUAAAACGAUCAUUAAAUGCUGAUGCUGACUUGAAUAAAGAUCAAGAUUCAAGCAGUGAUUCAAAUCAAGAAAAUGAAAAAGCAACAGUCAAUGUCUCCGAUGAUUUGGUGGCUAGCAGUGGUUCAAAUGAAAAUAAAGGUGAUGAUUUAUCAUCAAGUCGUCAUAAGAAGCAAAGAGUUGCAAGUUCAGCAGAAUUAUCAGAUGACGACAGUAUUACAGCACAGUCAACGAAUUUAACAAAUAUAAAAACAUCUACCAUCUCACCAAGUUCAUCAACAAAGCAAGCAAAUUUAACAACUCUCUAUCAAUUAUUUCCGAAUACUUCUCACACAUUAUUAGAAAAUAUACUUGACGAAUGUGAAAGUAAUAUGCAAGAGACAAUUAAACGUAUUUGUCAAACAACUUGUUCAACAGUCGCCACCACCAACCCAAUAUCAGCAACAACGAAUUGUACAACGUCUUUCUCAACAGCUGCAAUGACAACAAAAUCUGCAUUCAGUCCCAUUCUAUCAUCGGCAUCCUAUAUAACACCACGUCAACUAUUUGCUCCCUAUCCAUCGAUCUAUUAUCAUCACCAUCAUCAUGCAUAUUCUCAUCAUGCAGCUGCAGCGAAUCUUAUAUCAAUUUCAGCACCGUUUAUAGCAAGAGCUGCAGCUACGGCACAAUCUCGUACCGGAAGAUUAUUAGAAGCACAGCAUCGAUGUAUACUACCAUUUUGUACAUGUAAACUAGUAGCAGCAACAUCAAAUGAAAAACAAAACUUUUAA